UGCGGGUAAGCGCUGUGUCAUCAGGAUUUCGUGCACCGCUCUUCGGUUGUGCCCCAUGGCGCCCAACUUGUUGACACGAUGAGCGAUGACGGAGAAAGGAAAAAACAUCCGCUGCAAAUGGAUGAUAUCGGUGUGUAACGUUGUUGUGGCGCUUUGAGGUGCACUGCUGACCACUUCUUUCUGCCUUUGUUCCAGAAGCUCCGCGGCUCAGCCCGCCAUGGAGGGCACCAGGCAGACCAGGAUUUGCCGCCCGCACAAAAUCAGCGAGUCCUCAAAGGUGUACAGAUGGGAUGACCACUCUAGUCUGGUUCUUCAGAGUCUGAAUGAACAGAGGCACCGAGGCCUCUUCUGUGAUAUUGUCCUUGUUGUGGAUGAGCAGAGAGUCCCUGCCCAUCGGAACCUCCUGGCUGUUUGCAGCGACUACUUCAACUCUAUGUUCACCAUUGGUAUGAGAGAAGCUCAUCAAAAGGAAGUUGAACUUUUUGGAGCCUCUUACAUCGGUCUCAAGGCUGUGGUGGACUUUCUUUACGGAAGUGAGCUGUCCUUGGAUGGAGGCAAUAUUGAUUACGUGCUCGAAACAGCUCACCUGCUGCAGAUCUGGAAGGUUGUGGACUUCUGUUGUGAGUAUCUUGAGAAUGAAGUCAGCGAGGAGAACUAUUUGUACCUGCAAGAGCUAGCCUCUAUCUACAACCUGAAGCGCCUUGACUCCUACAUUGAUUCUUUCAUCCUGCAGAACUUUGGCACGCUGUCUUUCACUCCAGACUUCCUGCAGAACGUUUCCUUGCAGAAGUUGUGCCAGUAUCUGGACAGCAGCAAUGUGCAGCAGGAGUGUGAGCAUGAUUUGCUGCAGGCUGCCUUGCAGUGGCUUACCCAGUACCCAGAAAGGGAGAACGAGGCUUACCAGGUUCUGGAUAACAUUCACUUUCCCUUGAUACCUAAAAGCGAUCUCCUCCAUCGAGUCAAGCCUGCUGUGUGCUCUCUUCUUCCCAAAGAAGCAAACUGUGAGGGCUUCAUAGAAGAAGCAGUAAACUACCAUAACAACGUCACUGCUCAGCCAGUGCUGCAAAACAAGCGGACAGCUCUGCGAACCUGUGAGGAAAGGCUCCUCUUUGUUGGGGGGGAGGUUUCCGAACGGUGCCUAGAACUGAGUGAUGAUACUUGUUUCUUGGAUGUCAGAAAGGGGCAGUGGGUAGCAGAGACCCCUCUCCCAGCCAGACGAAGUCACCACUGUGUUGCAGUGCUGGGAGGCUUCAUCUUCAUAGCCGGAGGCAGCUUUUCAAGAGACAACGGAGGGGAUGCGGCUUCAAAUCUCCUAUAUAGGUAUGAUCCCCGCUGUAACCAGUGGAUAAAGGUUGCCUCCAUGAGACAACGUCGUGUGGAUUUCUACCUGGGAGCUAUAACUGACAUGCUGGUAGCUGUUGGUGGCAGGAAUGAAAAUGGGGCUCUUUCUUCAGUGGAGACCUAUAGUCCUCAGAAGGAUUCAUGGUCCUAUAUAGCAGGCUUGCCAAGGUUUACUUAUGGCCAUGCUGGAACAGUCUACAAGGAAUUUGUGUACAUUUCAGGUGGCCACGAUUACCAAAUUGGCCCGUACAGAAAAAACCUGCUGUGUUACGAUUACCGCACAGAUGUCUGGGAGGAGAAGAGACCAAUGAUCACUGCCAGGGGGUGGCACAGCAUGUGCACCUUACAGGACAAUAUCUAUUCUAUUGGUGGCAGCGAUGACAACAUAGAAACCAUGGCUCGUUUUGACAUUCUGAGCGUGGAGUCGUACAGCCCUCAAUGUAACCAGUGGACCAGAGUCGCUCCUCUGCUGCAAGCUAACAGUGAGUCAGGGGUGGCUGUCUGGGAAGGCAAAAUUUAUAUCCUUGGAGGCUACAGCUGGGAAGAAACAGUCUUUUCCAAAACAGUCCAAGUUUAUGAUAAGGAGAAAAAUAAGUGGUACAAAGGAACUGAUCUACCCAAAGCGAUUGCUGGUGUGUCUGCAUGCGUCUGUGCAUUGAAACCCAAAACAGAGGACAAAAAGAAAAAGACAAAAACAAAAAAACAUCAAGAUCGAGGAAGAUGACUGCUUUUGGAUAACCACCCUUUAAUGGUGGAUUCCCAAAGACCCUUGUAUUUAUCAUUUCUUUCUAACCUUGAUUCUUUAUUUUUCUUUUUAAAUAGGGGGAAAAGGUAUCUUCUGAAGCCUCACAAACGUACAGUUGAGUGGUUUUUGGAUUAAGCUCACAUUUAAGGUAA